CAGACAUGUGAAGUGUUAAGUUGAUGCUCUGAGAGAUAUUUACAGCCAAGCUGGCCGGCGCAGCAGCAGCAGCAGCAGCAGCAGCAGCAGCACAGUAUCUUGCUGCUGGAGCAUAUGGAUCUGGAUCAGCACUCAAGUCUGUUUUAUUACUCAUGUGAGAACGGGACCAGCUGUCAACACACCUCCAUCCCCGUAAGCAAGACUGUGGUUUGGACACGUGACCUCCCACUCUGAGCCAUAAAAGCCUGAUUUUUGGCUCAGUUUUUUUCAGCUGGUCAUGAUGAAGGUGCUGCUCGCAUUGGCCGUGUUGUUGGUGGUCGCUCUCUGCAAGGAGACGUUUGAGGGACACCAGGUGUUUCGCAUCGUCCCCAAAGAUGACGUCCAACUGUCUCUACUCAAAGACCUGGAGGACAUGUUUGAGUUUCAGCUGGACUUCUGGAGGGAUGUGACUGGAGUGGGUACUCCUGUGGACGUCAGAGUUCCCCUCGACAGUCUGGAGUCCUUCAAGAGCCAUCUGGAGACGCAGGAUGUCGAUUACUCCAUUAUGAUUGAAGACCUGCAGGAGGUGCUGGAUCAGGAACAGGAAGAGAUGGACUCUGCUGCUCGCUUCGCUCAGCCCAGAAACACGGCCAGCUUUGACUAUUCCAACUAUCACACCAUCAGUGAGAUCUACAGGUUCCAGGACAUGCUGGUGGCUGAGAAUCCCAACCUGGUCAGCAAGGUGGUGAUUGGCCAGAGCUACGAGGGUCGUCCCCUGAAUGUGCUCAAGUUCAGCACUGGUGGAACCAACCGUCGCGCCAUCUGGAUCGACACUGGAAUCCACUCCAGAGAGUGGGUCACUCAGGCCAGUGGAACCUGGUUCGCCAAGAAGAUCGUGACCGAUUAUGGACGUGACGCCGCUCUCACUGCCAUCCUUGACAACAUGGACAUCUUCCUGGAGAUUGUGACCAACCCUGAUGGCUUUUACUACAGCCAAACCAGAAACCGUAUGUGGCGUAAGACCAGGAAGCCCAACCGUGGCUCCAGUUGUAUUGGUGUUGAUCCUAACAGGAACUGGGAUGCUGGUUUUGGAGGACCUGGUGCCAGCAGUAACCCCUGCUCUGAGACCUACCAUGGACCCUCUGCUCACUCCGAGUCUGAGGUCAAGUCUAUUGUGGACUUUGUGAAGUCUCGCGGGAACAUCAAGUCCUUCAUCUCCAUCCAUGCCUACUCCCAGAUGCUCAUGUAUCCUUAUGGCUACACCAGAACCCCAGUCAGAGACCAGGCUGAGCUGCACGCUGUGGCUCAGAAGGCUGUCAAUAAUCUGGCUUCUCUGUACGGCACUCGGUACAGAUACGGCAGCAUCAUCAAUGUCAUCUACCAAGCCAGUGGUGGUACCAUUGACUGGACCUACAACCAGGGCAUCAAGUACUCCUACACCUUUGAGCUGAGGGACACCGGUCGCUAUGGAUUUGUGCUGCCAGCGAGUCAGAUCGUCCCCACCGCCAGUGAGACUUGGCUGGCUCUGAUGACCCUCAUGGAUCACACCUUCAAGAACCCCUACUGAAAAGUACACAGCGUGUAAGAUUGAGAAUCAUUCCAGCUUAAUAAAGUGUCAGGAAACAAA